AUGUGGAAUCCUGCAGAGGUAGAACUGCAGGCUGCGAGUUUGAUCGGGACCACCCUACAGUUUCUCUACAGCCCUACAGUCUCUCUACAGCCCUACAGUCCCUCUACAGCCUCUCUACAGUCCCUCUACAGCUCUACAGUCCCUCUACAGCCCUACAGUCCCUCUACAGCUCUACAGUCCCUCUACAGCCCUACAGUCUCUCUACAGCCCUACAGUCCCUCUACAGCCCUACAGUCCCUCUACAGUCCCUCUACAGCCCUACAGGUCUCUCUAAAGCCCCACAGUCUCUCUACAGCCCUACAGUCCCUCUACAGCCCUACAGUCCCUCUACAGCUCUACAGUCCCUCUACAUCCCUACAGUCUCUCUACAGCCCUACAGUCCCUCAGUCUCUCUACAGCCCUACAGUCCCUCUACAGCCCUACAGUCUCUCUACAGCCCUACAGUCUCUUUACAGCCCUACAGUCUCUCUACAGCCCUACAGUCCCUCUAGAGCCCUACACCCUACAGUCCCUUUACAGCCCCUCUACAGCCCUACAGUCUCUCUACAGCCCUACAGUCUCUCUACAGCCCUACAGUCUCUCUACAGCCCUACAGUCCCUCUACAGUCUCUCUACAGCCCUACAGUCCCUCUACAGUCUCUCUACAGCCCUAAAGGUCUCUCUAAAGCCCCACAGUCUCUCUACAGCCCUACAGUCCCUCAACAGCCCUACAGUCUCUCUACAGCCCUACAGUCUCUCUACAGCCCUACAGUCUGUCUACAGCCCUACAGUCCCUCUACAGUCUCUCUACAGCCCUACAGUCUCUCUACAGCCCUACAGUCCCUCUACAGUCUCUCUACAGCCCUACAGUCUCUAUACAACCCUACAGUCCCUCUACAGCCCUACAGUCUCUAUACAACCCUACAGGCUCUCUACAGCCCUAUACAGUCCCUCUACAGCCCUACAGUCUCUCUACAGCCCUACAGUCUCUCUACAGCCCUACAGUCCCUCUACAGCCCUACAGUCUCUCUACAGCCCUACAGUCUCUCUACAGCCCUACAGUCCCUCUACAGCCCUACAGUCCCUCUACAGCCCUACAGUCUCUCUACAGCCCUACAGUCUCUCUACAGCCCUACAGUCCCUCUACUGCCCUACAGUCUCUCUACAGCCCUACAGUCUCUCUACAGCCCUACAGUCCCUCAGUCUCUCUACUGCCUUACAGUCUCUCUACAGCCCUACAGUCUCUCUACAGCCCUACAGUCCCUCUACAGCCCUACAGUCCCUCUACACCCUACAGUCCCUCUACAGCCCUACAGUCCCUCAGUCCCUCUACUGCCCUACAGUCUCUCUACAGCCCUACAGUCCUUCAGUCCCUCUACAGCCCUACAGUCCCUCUACGGCCCUACAGUCUCUCUACAGCCCUACAGUCCCUCUACAACCCUACAGUCCCUCUACACCCUACAGUCCCUCUACAGCCCUACAGUCCCUCUACAACCCUACAGUCCCUCUACACCCUACAGUCCCUCUACAGCCCUACAGUCCCUCUACAGCCCUACAGUCCCUCUACAGCCCUACAGUCCCUCUACAGCCCUACAGUCCCUCUACAGCCCUACAGUCCCUCUACAGCCCUACAGUCUCUCUACAGCCCUACAGUUCUCUCUACAGCCCUACACCAGUCCCUCUACAGCCCUACAGUCCCUCUACAGCCCUACAGUCCCUCUACAACCCUACAGUCCCUCUACAGCCCUACAGUCCCUCUACAGCCCUACAGUCCCUCUACAGCCCUACAGUCCCUCUACAGCCCUACAGUCCCUCUACAGCCCUACAGUCCCUCUACAGCCCUACUGUCCCUCUACAGCCCUACAGUCCCUCUACAGCCCUACUGUCCCUCUACAGCCCUACUGUCCCUCUACAGCCCUACAGUCUCUCUACAGCCCUACAGUCUCUCUACAGCCCUUCAGUCUCUCUACAGUCCAUCUACAGCCCUACAGUCUCUAUACAACCCUACAGUCCCUCUACAACCCUACAGUCCCUCUACAGCCCUUCAGUCCCUCUACAACCCUACAGUUCCUCUACAGCCCUACAGUCUCUCUACAGUCCCUCUACAGCCCUACAGUCUCUAUACAACCCUACAGUUUCUCUACAGUCCAUCUACAGCCUCUAUACAACCCUACAGUCUCUCUACAGCCCUUCAGUCCCUCUACAACCCUACAGUCCCUCUACAGCCCUACAGUCCCUCUACAGGCCUACAGUCCCUCUACAGCCCUACAGUCCCUCAGUCCCUCUACUGCCCUACAGUCUCUCUACAGCCCUACAGUCCUUCAGUCCCUCUACAGCCCUACAGUCCCUCUACGGCCCUACAGUCUCUCUACAGCCCUACAGUCCCUCUACAACCCUACAGUCCCUCUACAGCCCUACAGUCCCUCUACAGCCCUACAGUCCCUCUACAACCCUACAGUCCCUCUACAGCCCUACAGUCCCUCUACAGCCCUACAGUCCCUCUACAGCCCUACAGUCCCUCUACAGCCCUACAGUCUCUCUACAGCCCUACAGUCUCUCUACAGCCCUACAAUCUCUCUACAGCCCUACAGUCCCUCUACAGCCCUACAGUCCCUCUACAGCCCUACAGUCCCUCUACAGCCCUACAGUCCCUCUACAGCCCUACAGUCCCUCUACAGCCCUACAGUCCCUCUACAACCCUACAGUCCCUCUACAGCCCUACUGUCCCUCUACAGCCCUACAGUCCCUCUACAGCCCUACUGUCCCUCUACAGCCCUACAGUCUCUCUACAGCCCUUCAGUCCCUCUACAACCCUACAGUUCCUCUACAGCCCUACAGUUUCUCUACUGUCCCUCUACAGCCCUACAAUCUCUCUACAGCCCUACUGUCCCUCUACAGCCCUACAGUCUCUCUACAGCCCUACAGUCCCUCUACAGCCCUACAGUCUCUCUACAGCCCUACAGUCCCUCUACAGCCCUACAGUCUCUCUACAGCCCUACUGUCCCUCUACAGCCCUACAGUCUCUCUACAGCCCUACAGUCUCUCUACAGCCCUACAGUCCCUCUACAGCCCUACAGUCUCUCUACAGCCCUACAGUCUCUCUACAGCUCCUCCCAUUGA